GCCUGGGGCAGAGAAGCCAGGGGAGGGCCGGGGGCGGGGAGCGGGAGGCGGCGGCUCGCGCGCGCCCCGAGUCCGAGGUCCCCCGCGCCCCGCCGCCCCGAGUCUCCGCUCGCUCAGGCCAGCCCUGCCUCUUCCUCGCGGCGGCCACUGGCCAGGUCACUUCCCGCCUUGGCUUAGUUCCCUCGUGGCCGUCAAGGGUUCAUGGCUUCCAGGUUGCUUUUUUUGUGAGAAUUAAAGGAAAUCGUACAAGUGUAAGAUGCUUUAAAAUAAUGCGUAGGACAGAGAAAAUGUUAGAGGUUCCCUUGAAUUUCGCGGUAAUCAUCGGGGAGGCGCCCCGAUGUCAGUGAGCGCUGGACGGAGUGGAGUUCUGGCUGCCGAGCCGCUGCCCCUUUUCUUUGAUCGUUGCCGGCUUUGGGGUUGUUCCCACAUUUUUUAACUCGUUGGAGCUGCCUCUGUAAGGAGGAGAUUUCUUCCAACAAGAGUAUGGGGAAAGGUCAUGUGUUCAUACUGGACGGAGAAACUAGCUCUAUCACAGAUUUGCGGAGUGCCUGACAUGAUGAAAGGCCUUAAGAAAUUUUGUGCAACACAAAAUGUAGUUUCUUACAUUUGGGAAAAGACACUUUGGUCAGCUGCGUCCAGGUUAUCAUUUGCAAGUAAUUAUGCUUUCUAGAGAGAAGAAAUCCAUGAUAAAUUACUGUUAUUAAUGGAACAAAUUGUAUAUGAGACACCUCACACAUCCGAACUUCUGAGAGUGACAGUUGCGCAUAUCACACAAAACAAUUGUUUCUGAGUUUCUGAAAAGCACAUUCCAGCAGAGCUUGGUGGUACACGCCUAUAAUCCCAGCACUAGGGAGGCUGAGGCAGGAGGAUUGUUGCAAGUUCGAGACCAGCGGGGGCUACAAAGUGAGCUCAAGGUCAGCCUGAAAUGCAUAGCGAGACCCUGUCUCAAAGAAAAACAAAAAACACACAAAAAAGCAGAUUCCAAUAGGAAGUUUUGUUUGUUUGUUUUUUAAGCGUAGUAGCACCUGCUUGUUUGAAAGUACAGGAAGUAGAGCAUAUUAUUGGCCCAUUUACAGCGAGGGAGGUGUGGUGGGUUUCAGAGACAUUAAUCAUUUGCUCAAGCUUCGCACUGCUAGUUGGUAGAAAAUAGAGAUGGCAGAAUUUGCACCCAGGCAUUUUAGCCGCAUUAUGAUGACAAGAAGCAUUGAGGACAGAACUGUUAGAAGGGUUGUCUGUGAACGAAGAAGGUGGCUGAGGGGGCUCAGGCGUGUGGUAGGAGUCUGGCCCUUUUUCUCACCAAGCUGAGGGCAGCUGUGGCUGCCUGGAGAGGGAGGCACCUGUUACACCCAGAGCGCACCGUGCUCUAACAGCACCCGGCAGCUCUCAUGAAGUCUUCUCCUCCCCAGUCCGCCUGCCCACACCCGGCCUUUUUCCAGAGGAAAAGAACAAUGACCAAGUUCCAGCCUUUCCAGGUAUGGAUCAGCUCGGUGAAAAGAGGGAUUUGUAAAGCUUUCGAUGCCUGCUGAUGUCUGCGCGGGGCUUAGACAUUUUUAAUGCCUAAGCCAGAUUUUUCAGAUCGCCAUUCAGGCACUGCGAGAACAGGAAGAAAAGAGAGCUCAACACUGGGGACCUGAAGCUGAUUUCCCCGUGACCCUGGUGGGUCCCGGUGGAUGAGGGCUCCCGAAGUAGCACUGUCCUCGCCUGUUCCUCUCCUAGGACUGGUAUCCCCUGGUCAGUGAGCACACACAUGCUCAAUUCCAAAACAGAGCAGAAAAGCAGAAUCUUUUUCAGAAUCCAUGCUGAAAAACACCGCACACAGAAUUUUAAGGCAGACAAAGAUAGGCAUGGGAAGUUACCUUUGCCUGAAAGGUUUAGUGUUCAUGAUUGGAAUCUUCCUGACACGUAAGUCACCCCAGCAGGACUGCGAGAGUAAAGGAAUAAAUGAUACAUAAAUGCUUUUUUAAUUAAAUAAAUGGAAGUUAUAAAAAAGUACUGUUUUUAUUGGUUGCCAAAUUAUUCAAUAUUUUAAAAAAAUAGUGGCGAAUCAUAGACACAUGUGCUCUUACAGGACAAAUUAAUUGGGAAAGUAGCCAUUAGCAAAAUGAAGAUGCAUUUUUUUUAGCCGCUUAUUGUAACAAAAUAACUGGACAAAGUUAGCUGAGAUCUGUGUAAAAAUGCUUCUUGCAGCAUUGUUUUAUAAUAAAGUUAUUGAAUUAUUUAUUUGUAAUGAUCAAUACAUUAUAGAUCAUCACUUUUAUAGAGUACUCGGCAGCCAUGAACAGAAUCAAAUAGGUGAUGGAAUGAUACUGGCAUUUUGGGGCACCCGUAUCAGAUCCUGUCCUAAGUCGGGUCCUCCGUCUCUUCAGAGACCUCGUGAUGUAAGUCCUGUGACACAGACCAGGAAGCUGAGGUGCUAAGAAGUUAAAGACUCAGCCAAGGGCCUGGGACUGUUCACUGAGGCCGUUUCCCGAGCUGUGCUCCUCACCUGGGCCCUGAAUGCUGCCGUGGUUAUAGAUCCUGGGAAUACAGAGAAUGAACUACGUUAUCUGCCCUGGGGAGUUAUUUGGCACCCCUUAUCUGAAAGGCUUGGGACCUGCAGUGGUUCAGGUUUCAGACAGUUUUGGAUUUUGGAAUAGUGGCAUAGGGGGUGGAGAAAAAAUGGCGGCGUGCUAGGGGAUCGAGCGAAGAAUCUCUCCAGAGAAUUCAAACUCAAAGCUAAAAAAAAAAAAAAAAAAAAAAAAGACAGCAUGGAGAGGACCAGACAAAUCCAUAGCGAUUCUUAUCAACCAAGACAGUACAGCUGGAGGAUUUAAAGUCGUGCUGAGACCGGAGGCUGCAAAUCCCGCGCCCUUAAAUCAACGAACAGACUCGUGGACCCAACACGAAAAGCUGAGUUGCUUUUGGGGACUGCGGAAACUGAGACUCAGAUCGAGACUCCAGGCGGCAGCCAGUUCUGCACCGCUGCACCAGAGCAGAUGUACAGAGCUCUGGCGUUUCGAAUCUAAACGGUGCACAGAAAUCUGACCAGUCAGCGCUGAGCCGCGAGGUGGGGAAAAGUGGAUGGCUUGGUGUGUGGCGGUCCCGGAGCGGGGACUUGCACCGGACUCUGGUGAGUAUAGAAAACCCCGUGGCGGCUGGGUUUGGCCAGAGAACAGCUGGCCCGCCACCACGGGGAAAUCAAUAACACAGAAUCUGGUGCAGACAUAUUAGCCUGGCGGCAGAAAUCGCAGCUUGGUGACAUCACCAGGACCCCCUGUAGGGAGGGCUGGUGGAAGACAUCUUGAGUCCUGGCAGAGUCUGAUUGCUUGCUGGCUUCAGCUCCGCACGGAGAACUUAGUGGGAGCCAUCUUGGUUUUGGGCAGAUCUGCUUUUCUAGAGCUCCUAUCACAGAGAGGUUUGGAAGAGAACGGCUGGGACCUGGGCAGAAUCCUGUGCCAUUACCCAGCUGCUUCUGAUUCAGGGAGAACUGGCAGGAGCUGUUGGGGCUAGAUCAGGCCUCUGCUUGGGGCCCAAUGGGCGGAUGCAGAAUGGUCACAACUCAGUGACAACCAGAAAGUACAGCCUAAUUUAUGAACUAACUGACACAGAGGCUAGAGACUAGACUGAACCGCCCCUGCAUCCCAGCCUACCCCAGAUAACAGCAAAUUGGGGAGGACAGCAAAAACUCAAGCCGGCACGCUUCUGAAAGGCCCUAAGCAAUUCGGAGAGGGCCAGAGAACUCCAGGACAGUCUGAAAGAAACCAGAAACAUGACAAGAGAUAAAAAUAAAAAAAAAUCUCCAGCUGUUCAACAGGAGAAAUUAAACCCAAGAGAACUAAACACUGAAGAGAACAAGCACAGUAACCAUCCAUUGCUCAACUCAGCAUCAGCCGAAAUUAAAAAGUAUUUACAUGAUCUCAUAGAGGAAUUUAAAGAUGUACUCCUGAUCCAAGUGAGGCAAGAUAUAAAGAGAUUAAUUAAAGAAAUGACAAGCCCUGCCCAAGAGAACACAGAUGGAAGAACUGAGGAAAUCAGAAAAGAAAGAGAAGCAUCUGAAGAAUUUAAGCAUAACUUAGAAUACAUGAAACAGAUCCAAAGAGAAAAUCAGGAAACUAAAAACUCCAUUGAAUAUUGGCAAAAUGCCUUGACAGAAACUAAAGACAACCUUCUGAAACUUGAAGAGAGAUUUAGGGCUUAUGAACGUGAAAGAAAAAGCCUCUUAAAAAUAACAAGGAACCAGAAAGAAGCAAUUCUAAAACUGGAAGAUGAUAAAAAGAUGCAUAACCUAAGAAUAAAGAAUGUGAAUGAGGAAGCAGGAACAUCCAAAAAUGAAAUACAAAAAAUAUUCACAGAGAUAUUAAAGCAAAAUUUCCCAUGUAUAGCAAAAAGAAAUGAUAUCCAGAUAAAAGAAGCAUACAGAACGCCAGCUACCUACAACCAAAACAGAUCUACGCCUAGGCAUAUAAUAAUCGAGAUCCCAGAAAUCCACCAAAAAAACAGAAUAUUAAAAGCAGCCAGAGAAAAGAUGCAGGUUACCUAUAACGGGAAAUCUAUCAAAAUAACGGCAGACUUAUCAACACAAACUCUUAAGUCAAGAAGGGAGUGGGGAGAAAUAUUCUAAGUCCUGAAGGAAAAAAAUAUGCAACCUAAGUUCUUAUAUCCAUCAAAACUCUCUCUAAAAAUUAAUGAAGAAAUAAGAUACUUUCAAGACAAGGAGGAACUGUGGGAGUUCGUGGCCACCAAUCCAACCCUACAGAGAGUGCUGAAGGACAUUACAGAGAAAGAGAGGAAGAGAUAUCAGGAUUACAGCUACAGUGGCAGAGAGGCCUCAGUGUACGGGGCAGACCAUGGAAUGAGGGAAUAAGGUGGACAAAUUAUAGCAGAAAAGUGGAGUAGCAGACAUGAGGCAGAGACGGUAAGCUAGUCUUUGGUAGAGACAGCUCUGAAACUAUAUUUAAAAAAAAAAAAAAGCAGAGGUCAUUGCUAAUGGUGUAUAACGAUUUAAAAGACACAGUAGUCCUAGUGCCAUAUUUAGAUUGAAUUAAAUUUGUUCUGGUCUGUCCACUCAUAUCAGAUUUGAGGACACAGACCUCUAGAACCAAAAAUAGCAGGUUAUACCAUGGUAACCAUCCUUACUUUCCUAUUGACUUAAGCUGAAAUCCUGUAUUACUUACAUUGUCUUACUAUGACUGAUCUUAAUUGUAUCUGAAUCAUAAGACUAUUGGUUGGCCUUGACUGAUCCUAUUUGAAAUCCGUAUGCGUGUUAGAAUCAACCCUAAAAGUAGAGGAAACUACUCUGAGCAUGACAGGAUGUAAAGGAUAUCCAUACUGGUAUGAAUCAGUAACAGCUCUCAAAUACUACAAUGCAGUCAAAGAUAAGUUUUUAUAAAAAUAGGUGAUAGUAUAUUUAACUAUAAUAAGCCAGUGUUGUCGACAAAUCUAUUGAAAAUAACAAGAGAAAACAUAGUAGCUACGGAAGAUCAUUUAUAUUAUAGUUUUGUAAGUCUUAUCCAUUGCAUGUUUAUCUAGGAAAUUGUUUCGCUGUCUUGUUAUGACUUGGUUUUCCCUAUAAUACAGAGAGGAUAGGAACAAAUACUCUGAGGAAGAGACCUGAAAAACCCGAGGCUUAUUUUGUAGCAUUAUAAUAUAAAUUCUAGCAAUCUAUUGCUUGCUGAUUAAAAUGACUCUGGACUGGUUUCUUCAGCUCAACUUCAGCAUAUGCAGAGAUGGGGACGGCUAUCACAAAGAGAAUGAGAGAUGCGAUGGUAGUUGGAAAUGUCUUCCCUAAUUUGGAACUUGAGGACCUAAAAAGACUCCAUCAUCCUGUAAUGAUUUGAUUAGUUCUAUAAUAUGCAAUAAGUAUAGAAAGUGGGUGAAGUUAGGGACAACUAUCUGUAAGAAGCUAGAGACAGUUAGAUAAGGUAGAUCUCCAGUGGACUUGCUUUGAAAUCUGUAUUUCUUUAAAUUGUUUUUUAUUUUUUUUUAAAUGUUCUGUUCUGUUUUGAUAUGGUUAACCUUAUCCUCUUAGAGAUGUAAAACAAAUAGGUGGGACUGAUAAUCAUAUUACGGAGCUUUUGUUCGGCCAUAGAGCAGAAUGGUUUGUAGGGUCACUUUUUUGAAUGUCAUUCUAAAUACUUUAAUUCUAUAACCUAAACAGCCAUUUCGAAGAAGACAAUUUGUAACUUAUCAACUGGCAAUUUCUUACCUUUUGUUUGUCUGUAAUUUAGUAUUAUUUUUCUACCCUUUUUUUCUUUAAUCCCCAUGUAUUUUUUUUUUCGUUUCCUUUUCUUUAAAUAAAAAAAAAAAAAAUACAAAAAAAAAAAAAAAAAAAAAAAAAAAAAGGAAUAGUGGCAUAGACUUUUCUGGCUAAGCAUCCCUAACCUGAAAUUCCAGAUGCUCUAAAACUCUUUCAGUGGUGUCACCUCUCAAAAAAUGUCCAGUUCGGAGCAUUUUGGAUUUUUGGAUGAGGUCCAUUCGGUCUGUACUGCCCAGUGAGAGGAGAUUGGCACUGCUGACCUGAUUGGUACAGUAUCAACCACAUUUUGACAAGAUUGGCACUCAGAUUAUAAAAUAUGUGACAACGUGAUGGAACAGUGACCAUUCUAGGAACUUCAGUAUCUAAAGGACACCAUAUUUUUUUCCAAACCCCUGUCACCACACACACACACAUAAGCAUUUUUGGUAUGGUCCAGGUGGCCAAUGAGUACAAAAUCUCGAUAGCACAUGUUUGAUGCUGUAGGAGGCGGUGACCUUCAGGGACGUGGCCGUGGUCUUCAGCGAGGAGGAGCUGGGGCUGCUGGACUCUGCCCAGAGGAAGCUGUACCGGGACGUGAUGCUGGAGAACUUCAGGAACCUGCUUGCCGUGGGACACCAGUCCUUCAAACCCGAUAUGAUAUCCCAGUUAGAGAGAGAGGGAAAGCUGUGGGUGACGGAGAUCCAAACCCAAAGAGAAAGCAGAAACCCAAUGAGGAUGGAGAUUCUUCAUGAAGCAGGGUUGGGGUGCUUUUCACUGGCAGAACUUUCUCACUGGCAAAUCAAGAGAUGCGUUCUAAACAGACUAACCCAAAGUCAGGACUUCAUAACAAGUACUCAAGGAAAGAAUGCUUGGUUCCCCGAGCAGUGUGACUCCGCCUGCCAUGUGGGAGUGGAAGAAUCUUAUCAGGCAUCUGUAGAGGACAGCUGUCUCAUGAGUCUUCUAGGGGAUCAUUCCAGUGUUACUGAAAAUCAAGAAUUUCCAACCAAAAGCACUCGGAGUCCUUGGAGUAAAAUAUAUCUCAGUGAGACGCAGAGCCACCAAAAAAACUAUAAGCCAACUCAGAUGGAGAACCAGUUAUGUAUCUUGGUUCCAUGUGUUGACAUCUUAAGUUGUGUCUCCCAGCACCACGGUGAUUCUGUACUGUUGGAAACAGAUGAAGCUGACAGCGGCAGCCCUUGUGGUAGAGACAUCCUGCAGAUGUCCCCACUCACCCCACACUGUGUCCACAGCGGACAGAGACUGUGCCAGCGUAGGGAAUGUGAAGCAGCUUUCAGUGACAGCUCCAGCCUUGAAUGCCAUCAGCAGGUGCACUUGGGAGAGAAGUCCCCUGGGUGCAGUGUGUCCGCGGAGGAUGCCCGUUACAGUCCUCCUGGUCAACCGAACAUCCACACGGGGAAGAAGCGCUACUGGUGUCACGAGUGCGGCAAAGGGUUCAGUCAGAGCUCCAAUCUGCAGACCCAUCAGAGGGUUCACACGGGGGAGAAGCCCUACACAUGCCCCGAGUGUGGUAAGAGCUUUAAUCAGAGCUCGCACCUGUAUGCGCACCUGCCCAUUCACACGGGAGAGAAACCCUACAGGUGUGACAGCUGUGGGAAGGGCUUCAGUCGCAGCACCGAUCUCAACAUUCACUGCAGAGUCCACACCGGGGAGAAACCUUACAAGUGUGAGGUCUGUGGGAAGGGCUUCACCCAGCGAUCCCAUCUCCAGGCUCACGAAAGAAUCCACACCGGAGAGAAACCAUACAGGUGCGGCGACUGUGGGAAGCGCUUCAGCUGCAGCUCAAAUCUUCAUACCCAUCAGAGGGUCCACACUGAGGAGAAACCAUACAAGUGUGACGAGUGUGGAAAGUGCUUCAGCUUGAGCUUUAAUCUUCACAGCCAUCAGCGAGUGCACACGGGAGAGAAACCGUAUAAAUGUGAGGAGUGUGGAAAGGGCUUUAGUUCAGCCUCCAGUUUCCAGAGCCAUCAGCGGGUCCACACAGGAGAAAAACCUUUUCAGUGCAAUGUGUGUGGGAAGGGCUUCAGUCAGAGUUCCUAUUUUCAAGCCCACCAGAGAGUCCACACUGGAGAAAAACCGUACAAAUGUGAAGUGUGUGGGAAGCGCUUCAACUGGAGCCUGAAUCUCCACAAUCACCAGAGAGUCCACACGGGGGAGAAACCCUACAAGUGUGAGGAGUGUGGUAAGGGCUUCAGUCAGGCCUCAAACCUUCAGGCCCAUCAGAGUGUCCACACCGGGGAGAAACCAUUCAAAUGCGAUGCGUGCCAGAAGCGGUUCAGCCAGGCCUCACACCUGCAAGCCCACCAGAGAGUCCACACUGGGGAAAAACCCUACAAAUGUGACACGUGUGGGAAGGCCUUCAGCCAGAGGUCAAAUCUUCAAGUCCACCAGAUCAUCCACACCGGUGAGAAACCGUUUAAGUGCGAGGAGUGCGGGAAGGAAUUCAGCUGGAGCGCGGGUCUCAGCGCUCACCAGCGGGUCCACACUGGAGAGAAGCCCUACACGUGUCAGCAGUGUGGGAAGGGCUUCAGUCAGGCCUCCCACUUCCACACCCACCAGAGGGUCCACACCGGAGAGAGGCCUUACAUCUGUGACAUCUGCUGCAAGGGCUUCAGCCAGAGGUCACAUCUGGUCUACCAUCAGCGGGUCCACCCCGGAGGGAACCUGUAGGACUGAGAUGUGAAGAAGCCUUGACUGCCUACACAGCCUGCUUGGCUGUGGGAGGACCUCGGAAUUCAGAGGCUCUUAAAUGCUGUGCUUUAAGACUCUCAUUAAUUCCUUACCAAUUUAACAGAUUUAACAGAAGAGAGACUUACUUGUUCAAUAAAUGUGGUCAGUUUAUACAGACUUCCAAAGUGUCACCAUUCUCAGGAUGAGAUACAGCCGGAGAGAGGCCUUAUGAAUGAAGAUUCGGGGCAGGACUUUACUGAAAUUAUGAUUGACAGAACCCAUGUCAAGGAAAGUGUAACUCCCACUGGGAGGUUCUCCUCACCGUGCCUCUGCCGUGCAGAGCUACGCUCGGCUCAGAACAGGGCCUACAGUUUCGGAAGGAAGGGAAAAAUCCGUGUAAUUAGGACCUGGGUAUAAAGAUGCUGGUCGUCAAUUUAUAUUCAUAAGGAAUCCUGAAAGUAGCCUUAAUAACAAUUUCAGAAAAGCAUACAGUAUUGAAAAUUAGCACUCCUUAGUGACAGUUUCAGGAAAUAGGUAUGAGGAGUCAGUACUGCAUCCACAGUAGCACAGAUUUGGACAAAGGACACAAAUCUCUCCCAACCAUCACAGUCUAUGAUCAAGUGUGAAGUGUAUCAAUCAUAUAGUGUAAUUUUUGGUAUUGUUUGUACUUUAUAAACUGAAAAGCACUUUUUUUUUAUUAAUGUGACACUACAUUUUAUACGAUUAGAAUUUGGGGGCCCUAAUUCAUUAAAGUAACUGAAAAUGGUCAAA